GAAAGAAAUAGUGCACCAACGCCAUCUCCAUCACCGUCAGAGCUUGCAGAGCGCAGAGAGCAAGAAAGAAAACAGAUAAGCGAAGGAAGGUUAGAGAGAAGUAUAGCUGGUUUUGGAGUUUUGUGAAAGAAGAUUUUAGUUUGCGAAGACUGAGGUUUCUUAUUCUUGAUAUCUCGAGUUGUAAUCAAGAGAUAUAAACUGAUGCGAUCACAGUAACUCGAGUCUACUUCGCGCUCAACUCCACUUCCUCUUCUUUUUUCUUUUUAUCUUCAUUCUUCUGCGUUGGGCUUUUUUUUAUAUGCAUAGUCACUUCGUGCAAGAAUACAUCCCGCUCGACAUAGACGUUUCUCAAGCGCGCAAAUACUCAACAAUAUGGACGACGUUAUCCGUGGAUGUCCGGUCCUGGCCGAUAACGGCGAACGUCUUAUUCCCUGGAUCGCACAUGUUUCCGGCUCGUGUAUCUACGGUACCAUGGGCGAGCUUUCCUUUGUCUUUGGAUAUAUGUCGCUGUUUGCGUGGCUUUGGGCGCAGUUGCCUCAGGUGAUUAAGAAUUAUAGAAAUCACUCGGUUGAGGGGCUUAGCUGGCUGUUUCUGUUUAACUGGCUGUUGGGCGACGCGACCAAUCUGAUCGGCUGUCUUUUAACCAACCAACUGCCAUUCCAAACCCUGCUGGCCGGAUACUACCUCUCGAUCGACGUCAUUCUCUGCAGCCAAUUUGUCUACUACACCAAAAUCAAGUCGCAAAACUACUACGUCCUCCUCUCCCCCUCCGAAGGCGGCAGCCGCGCGUCGUCCAUCUCCUCCGACCGCUCGUCGUCCAUCUCGACGCACUCCUCCCAUACAGUCAAGAGCUCGCGCAGCAACCGCCGCGCAAUCAUGCUCGCUCUCUCCGCCGUCGUCGCUAUCGCGGGCGCGAUGCUGGUCCCGCCUAUCGUGCCUGAAUACGACGAUGCCUAUCAAUACAGUAUCCCCUCCAUCGCCGCGUCCUCCUCCUCGCCGGACUCGGCAAUCACAAUCCUGUCUGGCUUCAACGGUCUCCGCCGCUGGUUCAAGCUCAACAGCCGCGAGUUUGUCGGCCGCGUAUUUGCCUGGGCGUGCACGACCCUGUACCUCUCCUCGCGCAUGCCGCAGAUCUACACAAACUUUGUCCGCCAGUCCACCAGCGGCCUGUCGAUCCUGCUCUUCAUCGCCGCGUUCUGCGGGAACCUGUUUUACUCCCUCUCGAUCCUCACCAGCGCCGCGACCAUGGACGGCGCCGAGCGCUCGGAUUUCUUGUGGGAGGAACUGCCGUACCUGAUCGGCUCGGCCGGCACCGUCGGCUUUGACUUUACUAUCUUUUGCCAGUGGAUCAUAUACGGCGAGGGCAAGCUCUUUUUCCACAACCUCUACUACGGGCGUCAGAAUUGGGACGCGGUCGAGCUGCCUCAGGAUUCAGGCCUGAGCGUCUCUGGCGAGGAGCUGAUCGAGGAGGAGAUGGAGGAUCAUGUUCCGGCGCAGCAGGCUGCGGAUUCGAGCAGUAGCAGCGGAAGCAGCAGCAGCACUAAAGUCUCAAUCUAACGCUUUACAAGUAGUCGGCUUUCUUACAAUAUCUAUAUAUAUAUUUACUCUCUUGGGUCUUCGGUUUUUUUUUGUUGAAUUUCAUUGUUCUUUCCUUUUAUGUUUCUGUGGAUAUUUGCAUCACUUAGUUCUAUUUGAGAGAGCGACGCUCUUCAUUUCUUAUCUUAUAUGUCUAUACAGUGCUUUUCAUCGCCGCGUACACGGGUUUUAUUACAUCUGUAUUCUAAUGCGUCAAAUACAUCAUCUAUAAAAGUAC